ACCCUCCAAAAUCUUCCAUGACUCUCUCCUGGGGAAUCUGCUCUGCUGGGAAGAUUUCCCAUGAUUUCAUUGUGGCCUUGAAAACUCUAUCAGCGGAUCACAAGGUACAUGCUAUUGCUUCUAGCAGUCUCAAGCGUGCCCAGGACUAUGCCAAACAACAUGGCAUUAGCAAGGCCUAUGGCUCAUAUGAGGAACUGGCAAAGGAUCCUGACAUAGAUGUGAUCUAUGUGGGUUCUAUCAACACCCAGCAUCGUACUCUUACCAUCCUCUUCCUCCGAGCUAAGAAGAAUGUUCUCUGUGAAAAACCCAUGGGCAUGAAUGCAGCUGAAGUGAGAGACAUGAUACAAGCAGCUCAGGAAAAUAAUGUCUUCCUCAUGGAGGGCUUCUGGACCAGAUUCUUUCCUGCGUCUGAGCAAAUCCGUACCGCAAUAAGCCAGAGAUCUCUUGGGAAUUUAAAAGUUCUCCGAGCUCAGCUGGGCUUUCGGAUGGACAACGUUCCAAGGCUGCUGGAUAAGAAAUUGGGUGGAGGUGUCAUCCUGGAUUUGGGGUGCUACUGCAUCCAGUUUGCCUCUAUGAUUUUUGGGCCUGAAAUGCCCAAAUCGAUUGUGGCCUCAGGAUUGUUGGCUAAAACAGGAGUGGACGAAACCGUUUCCAUCAUCCUCAACUAUUCAGAGAACCGUCAGGCUGUGCUUAAUGUCACCAUGAUGAUUGAUCUGCCAGGAGAGGCAACAAUUGGAGGAACUCAAGGAAUCAUCAAGAUUCCGGACCACAUGAACAGCCCUACAAUUUUGUUUAUGAAAGGGAACCGGUGGGAAUGGCCCUUGCCACCUUCUCCUGAACCCCUCUACUUUAAGCACGGUAUUGGGUUGCGGUAUGAAGCUGAACAUGUCCGAGAGUGUCUGCGAAAGGGUUUGAAGGAAAGUCCUAUCAUGCCUUUGCGAGAGAGCAAAAUGAUUGCCUGUAUCAUGGACGAAGCACGAGAUCAGGUGGGAGUAACCUACGAACAAGACCAUAACGUGUAA